CCCGGCUCCCCACCUUGAACGCGUGCAUCAACGACCUAUUCAGCUUGCUCUUUACCAAGUACUUUUCAAAUUGAUUCUCGUUUCUGCUGCUGGCGAGAGGGAGUGGCACCGAUGGGUCUCUCAUUCUCGAGCUUGUUCAACACGCUCGCGAACUGGGGCAAGGAGCGCGAGGUUCGCAUAUUGAUGGUGGGACUUGACAGUGCGGGAAAGACGACAAUUCUGUAUCGGUUACAAAUUGGCGAGGUUGUCUCGACAAUACCGACGAUUGGGUUCAAUGUAGAGACUGUUCAGUAUAAGAAUAUCAAGUUUCAGGUGUGGGAUUUAGGAGGUCAGUCAAGUAUACGACCAUACUGGCGUUGCUACUUCGCCAACACGCAAGCCAUAAUCUACGUGAUCGACUCGUCCGACGUUGCACGCCUCCCCACAUCUCGCGCAGAGCUAUUAACAAUGCUCGCUGAGGAAGAGCUGCGCGGGGUACCUUUGCUUGUAUUUGCGAACAAGCAGGAUAUAAAAGGUUCAUUGAAGAGCGGAGAGGUGAGCGAGCAACUGGGGCUGGAUAAGGAGAAGGGGAGGCAGUGGAGUGUAAGGGGGAGCUGUGCGACGAAGGGUGAGGGACUCGAGGAGGGACUAGACUGGCUGGUGAACGUCCUCCAAAACAAAUGAGCCGUCCCUCAGGUCGCGCCUUCCCCUCCUUUCUGCCUCGGGGAGCCGAGCUUCGGCAACCGCAUUGCAUACAUCAACCUCCUUAUACCCUGCGUAAUCGCCCUCUUCGCACGUUUAUAGCGAAGAGCCACCGCUCGCAACUUCAUGACCCGCAUACUGCGUCUUCCUGUACCGGUAUUGUAUUAAUCUUACGAAUAUU